AUGGGGCAAAAACUAGCCGCCGGUAUCGUCAUCCGCGCCCAAGAGAAGGGUUGGAUGGACGAGCGCCUUGUCCAGGAUUGGACAACACAGGCGGAAGUGGAGGUGCUGGAGGAUGUGCUGGACGAGGGGGAGGACGGGGUGAACCCCAACCCGUUCUACGAAGACCCCUCGCACGCCCCUGAGCCCGCCGCUACCAAGGACGAUGAGGCAGAGGACGAGGAGGAAGGGCUUGCAGGGGAGGAGGAUGUGGUGGAUGCUGCUGCCGAGGAAGGGGAUGUGAUGGCUCCGGAGGAGGAGGGGGAUGAGGCAGAUGCAGAGAUGGGAGGUGCGGACGAGUGGAGUGAGGAUGGAGACGACUGGUGGGCAGCAGGCCGCUAUGAGGGAGAGGAAGUGGAGGAGUGGGUUGCAGGCAAGGAUGAGUGA